AUGGGAAUUAAGGGACUAUGGACUGUUAUGGCGCCGUAUUGUGAGAAGAAAUCCUUACAUGAGAUAAGAGGUGAAACUGUAGCUGUUGAUUUGGCUGGUUGGGUCUGUGAUAGUCAGAAUGUAACAGAUUAUUACAUACAACCAAAGUUGUAUUUAAGAAAUUUGUUUUUCCGAACUGCAUACCUCCUAUUAGCAGAUAUAAACCCCAUAUUUGUGUUAGAGGGGGAUGCUCCAGAACUUAAACGAGACGUUAUGGCAGCUAGAAAUGCAAUUCAAUUUCGUGGUGCCGCACCUAAAUCACAAACUAACAAGACCCAAGCUCCCAGUGUAUCUAGAAAAAGGUUUAAAGGGGUAUUGAAAGAAUGUGAAACUUUACUAAAGAGCAUAGGUGUACGAUGUGUUAAGGGUUCUGGAGAGGCAGAAGCAACAUGUGCAAGAUUAAAUUCUAAGGGUUUAGUAGAUGCUGUGGUGUCACAAGAUUCUGAUUGCUUCGCCUAUGGCGCUCGGCGGGUGUACCGCAACUUCAGCGUUUCCAGCUCAGCGGGAGGUGGCGCCAUGCAGGGCUCCGUAGAUGCCUACGAUGCGAAUAAAAUGUUUGAAUCUAUUGGGUUCGGCCGUAAAAAGAUGAUAGCUUUGGCGUUACUCUGUGGGUGUGACUAUGGGGUUGGUGCGUGUGGCACUUCUAUUAACACCGUUUUAACGUUGUUACACAGUAUUCCCGACGACGACGUAAUACCCAGGCUGUUGUCAUGGGUGACAAACCCUAAUGAUUAUGUGGAGCUGGAACGCUGGGUGUCCCAGCCUGGGCGCUGUGAUCGAUGCGGGCAUGUUGGUCGUACUCAUUUGAAGAACGGAUGCCCAAUUUGCGCCACUCAUCGAGGGUGUAACGACCUUGGACAUAAGGCCAAAGUGGCGGACUCGAAACGCGAACUAUCGCUCCGCAGUCGGGCUCUCUCGUGCGGAAUGCCGUUUCCCGAACCUAAAGUUAUGAAGGAAUUCCUAGAUGCAACAGCAGACGAUAUAGAUCUAGACGCGGCCAUUCCACAGCCUAGUUUGAUUCAAUUCGUGAAAAUAAUGACAAACAAGUUGGAUUGGACGGAGAGAUAUUGCAUUGAGAAAUUUCUACCUGUUUUAACGAAAUGGCACCUGCAAAGCUCUGUGCCCUGUAGAACAAUACGACCGAUCGAAAUUAAGAAGAAAAGAAAUCCUCGAGGGGUUCCUAGUUAUGAAGUAGUAUGGGCUGAUAUCGACUCACAAUAUGAAGCACUUGUUCCAGAUGACCAAUUAAAAGAUGGUGAAGAACUAUCAGAUAUCUGGACAACAACUGAGAGACAGGAUCUGAUGAAAGAGUUUUAUCCAGACAUCGUUGAUACUUACGAAGAAUCCAUCAAAAAGCCAGUCAAAGCGAAGAAGACUAGAGGAGAGAAGAAAGGAAACGUGGAGACAGAUAAACCUAAACGCAAAUAUACGCGGAAACCUAAACUAGGAGAUGAUGUUGAUGCACAUAUAUCUGAAAUAAACAAGUCUAUGCAAAACUUAAGUAUCUCAAAAAAGACUGAAUUCGACAACAGUAAGCUAAAUGUAAGCGUAAAUGUCAAUAAGCUUAAAAGGAAGAUUAAGAACUCUAGAAAAACGAAGGGUAUAGAAAAUUACCUCGUAAAGAAAAAGAAGAAGAAUUCUUUAAGAUACUCCAUAUUAAAAGAAGAUCAAACUAACAAAGAUUUAGGAAACCAAAGCGAGAAAGAGCUCCAUCUAUUGAGUAUGCUGGAUUGUACGGGAGACAUUUAUGAAAGUGAUCUAUCACUUAUCGUAGAUAAUAUUGUUACAGCAGCCCCUUCCUUCACGACGGCAACGCUUAAUAGCAAUUUGGUUAAGCUAGUCUUCGAAAAUAAGCUAGAGAAGCAAAGGAAAAGCAUACUGGCUGAUGGAAAAUUGAGCUGCUCCACUCCUAAGUCGAAGGGCAUUUUUAAUUUUUCCCGAACGUCCGUAAGUGAAGAGAAUACAAGCCACUUUUUCGAUAAGUUGGGGGAGCGUGAUGCAUUUGAGAUUUCAGUGGAGUACAAACAUAAAAGUGCUGUCGUAGUAUACGAUGAAUCUUUGGAUAAUAGCUUACCUGAUAUUAAAUUGUAG